UGGGUAACAGAAAUGCAUGUGGAUGGCUUUCGCUUUGAUCUUGCUUCUAUCAUGACCAGGGGUAGCAGUCUCUGGGAUGCUCUUAAUGUAUAUGGGAAUCCAGCAGAAGGUGACUCACUGACCACUGGCACCCCUCUCAGCAGUCCUCCAUUAAUUGAUAUGAUUAGUAAUGAUCCAAUACUCCGUGGAGUGAAGCUUAUUGCUGAAGCAUGGGAUGCAGGAGGCCUUUACCAAGUUGGCAUGUUUCCUCACUGGGGUCUUUGGUCAGAGUGGAAUGGGAAGGUCAGUACCGAAAAUGGUGUACAAUGUGCCAUGUCGAGAAUUGUCAGCCUGUGUUUGUACUUAUGAUAAAUUAUUAUUAUUAUUUUUCAUUGAACAAGCCAGUCACAUGAUGCUUGAAAGGUCUUACAUAGGUAGAAACAUAAAUCUACAUCAGUUUUUCAUUAUUCCCAUAUUUCCCAAUUGUUUCAUUUCACUGUUAUACUUAAUGAGGCAAUCUGCUAACUUCUGCUUGCUUGAAGGAGUAUUGGACAUAGAAGAUACAAAGUUUUCACUUGAUUACCUCUUCAUAUAUGGAGGGUUGGCUGAACUGAGCCUAUGAACUAGCAAUUAUUCAUUUCUUUCUACAUGUAUUUGAAUUACAUGUGAUUUGAUAAUUCUCUCCUACUGAAGACACAUCUGGAGGCAAUAUUGGAAUUUUUUUUUAAUAAACAUUAUGUUUA